CUGCCCCCUCCCCUCGGACAGCGGAGGCGGGUUGGUUUGAAAGGGAGGCGGCGGCGGCUGCCAUGUAAGUGGCUCGGGCGGGCGGCAGUAGGAGGCGCCGUUGGGAGCCGGGUGAGCAGCACCGUGGGCAGGGGGCGGGCGUGCCCGUCCCAGCAGCCAUGAGCGCCGCAGGCGGGCGGCGGCCGGCCGGGGCGAGGCGUUGAGGGCCCGGCCGGAGGCUCCCCGGCCCCCGCCCAUGGCCUUCAUGAUGAUGAUGAAGAAGAAGAAGUUCAAGUUCCGCGUGGAGCUGGAGCUGGACGAGCUCUCGUCCGUGCCCUUCGUCAACGGCAUCCUCUUCUGCAAGGUGCGGCUGCUGGACGGCGGCAGCUUCAGCGGGGAGUCCUCCCGAGAGGUCGUGCAGGCAAACUCUGUUCACUGGAAGAAGAAGUUCUUAUUUAUGUGUAAAAUGAGUGCCAGUGCCACUACAGGCAUUCUGGAUCCUUGCAUCUGCAGAGUAUCUGUACGGAAGGAGUUAAAAGGUGGAAAGGCAUAUGCAAAGCUGGGCUUUGCAGACCUAAACCUUGCAGAGUUUGCUGGAUCGGGAAAUACCACUCGUCGCUGUUUAUUGGAAGGUUAUGAUACCAAAAAUACCAGACAGGAUAAUUCCAUUCUCAAAGUAUUGAUCAGCAUGCAGCUAAUGUCCGGAGACCCAUGUUUUAAAACGCCUCCUUCCACAGGAAUGUCCAUCUCAAUUGCUGGAGAAUCGGAAUCUUUACAUGAAGACAGGAAAGGUGGAGAGAACUUGAAAGUGGUACGUCUGGAUGUAUCAGAUCUCUCAGCAAAGAGUGCAUCAGUCCCAGAUGAACUUGGUGCAUGUGGACAUUCCAGAACAUCAAGCUAUGCAAGCCAGCAAUCAAAAUUGUCAGGGUAUAGCACAUGUCACUCCAGAUCAUCCAGUUUUUCUGAUCUCUGCCAUAGGAGAAACACCUCAGUGGGAAGUACGUCUACAGGAAUUGGAAGUAUUCUAGAGCCAUGUGAAGAGACUGAACCAAAAGUAACUGAUGAUAAUUUUGAUACUCCUGUUAAAGAUAUAUCGUCAGAAAAACUCAGCAGAAUCUCUAAAUGUAUUUAUCCUGACAGGCAUCCAGUGAAGCAAGACUCUGUAGAGUCACAACUGAAGCGGGUUGAUGCCACCAGAGUAGAUGCAGAUGAUAUAGUUGAAAAAAUAUUGCAGAGUCAAGACUUCAGUUUAGACUCCAGUGCAGAAGAAGAAGGGCUGAGAUUAUUUGUGGGCCCUGGGGGGAGUACUUCUUUUGGAAGUCAUCAUCUACCCAAUAGGGUAGGAUCCGGAGCAUAUGAGCAAGUGGUGAUUAAACGCUAGAACAGCAGGACUUGAACAGAAGAAUAGUUGUAGAGUUCCUCCAUGGAUAAUUAAGAGGUGUUCAUUUAAUUCCAACAGUUAUCAAAGUUGAUGUGAUGAGAUAGACUCUUUCAAGAGGGCAACUCACAUUUGGUCUGAAUUGUCUGAGUACCUCCUGCUCAUAAAAGAUCCUUCAUGUCUACAGUGGUAUAAAGGCAAUUUUUAGUAUCUAUGCCUUGUACAAGUGUAUAACCAUUGUUGUGACUGUUACCUAAUGUUAGUGGAUUACUUGCUUUUGUAAUUUAUGUGUAAAACAUCUUGUGGAAACCUGAUAAAUGGUGUCUACUUGAACAUAGUUUUAUAUCGAAGUUCAUUAGUGAUGACUAUGUGUUCUGUUUGCAACUUGGCUUUCAGAAGAAGCCCCUUAGAAAAAAAUUAGUCUUAAAUUAAUCUAGUUCAAAACUUAAAUUCUACCAUUAGAAAUAAUUCUUCAUAAAUAACUUUUAAAAUAUUACUUGCCAUUUCAGUGCUAUAAUGGCUAAUUCCUUCUAUCAGGCCAUAAUUAAUAUAAAAUGGGGUUAAUGCUUCCAAGAAAACAACUUAGUUGUGCUUUAAGAUGUCCUAUUAUUUGUUUCAGUAAUAUUAAACUUGUAAAUGCAUUGAGCAUAAUUAACUGUAAGGUUGAGUAGCAGAUGGUAGAGACAAAUAUAUAAAAGCAAAAUACAAGUGACUAGGUCUAAUAACAUCAAACAAUAUGUGUUGCUACUUGUAAAUAAAAUCUGGUGUCUUAAGUGCAUCAGUAUGACUUCUGGCCCUAUGUAAAUGACAAAAUAUAUUUAAAAUUUCACAUCAGAAUUACCAAAUCAUAGUAAAGCACUCAACAAGCUGGUCUUGUAUGCCUGAGGAUAGUAUGAUUUUAUGGUUUGGGGUAUAAAACUUUAAUCUCGGUAAGUGAGAUUCAGCUGUCUAAACAAAAAGUAAAGCUUCUUCCAAAUGUGAUUUCAAUAACACAUGAACCUUAAAGCUCAAUGGAAGAUAGUGUCAAGUGAAAAGUAGUCAGCAGCUUAACACCACUGUGAACACGUUUUUCUAGCUUAACCCUUUGGAGUUGGGUAGUAUAUCUCUUACAGCUGAAGGUGCCUUGUUCCUGCGGGUGGGAGAUGGGGAGGGAAGGAUGGAUUACCAAAUGAAGCUUUUAAGAAUAAAUGGACAUCUAGACUAACUAUUGCCAAUAUAAUUUACUAACAGAAGCACUUUAUAUAGUAUACAUGCACUCUGCAGUCUGAAAAAUCAAUCUCUGGGCAAAGGCCUCACCUUUUUUGUGUAGAAUCACUAACAGCUUCACUAUCUGUCCAUUGUUACACUUUGAGGCAUGAAACAUUUUGACCAAAAUGUACUGUACUUUAACUUGCACAAAUGGAAUGGCUUGGUCUAAAAUGUAUUAGUUUUAGCAAAAGGUGAGAAUUAAAGAUCUUUUAACAAAAGCAUUGUUUUGCUGACAGCUGUAAAAGUAUUUGCUUAUUUUUUUAAAAAAGAUUUCUGGUGGAAUGACAAUCUAACGGUUGAGGUUUAGAUGUAUUUUAGUACUAAAUUGCAGUAGAAAACCUAGUUUUGCUGAAAAUUAGCCAUACAGUUUACCAAUAUGAUCAGAUAGGUUUGAAUGAAUCAAAACAAUAUUGUGGCCAUUUUAUUCUUUAACACUCUGAAGGUUUCAAAUUCUUCUCUGAAUCAAUUGGUAUUUAGGUUCCUUCUCUGGAAGUAAAAUUUGAAGUCUUAAUUCUUAGGCUGUAUUAAGAAAAUUUUGUUUUACAUGGUUUUUAAUAGGUUUUACUUUUUCAUAAGUGUAUAGUAUAAACUGUUCAUUAUUGAACUCAAUGUUUUAUUUAUAUUAGCUUAAAGGAAACCUUAGAGUUCAAAUUUUGUUGAAUACUGUUAGAUAAGAGCUAUUUCUUCUUAAUUAUGGUAUUUAAAAGGAGUAUUUUUCUAUUUCCCAUUGCUUGUAAUUUUUUUUUAAUUUGGACUAUUCUAAUGGGUAAAACGUAUUAAAUACAACUUGUUUGUAAUAACUGCAGUUAGAGUGAGAUUGUGGGGGAGAUGACAAAAUGCUUACAAGAAAUGUAAAAAUGAUCCUUUCAUAAAAAAGUUGCCAUUAGUGUGUGUUUACAUCAUACAGAUAAAACAUGCCAGUUUCUGUUUUCCAAAUUUUUGAAUAGAAAGUAUUGAUAAGGUUACUGGGUUUAAGUUAAAGCUGAGAAAUCAUAGCAACAAAGUAUGAAGGGUGGUUUUAUGAAACGGACAAAACUUUUUGCAGUACUAAAUUGUUUAUGGAGAGUGAUGGUGGAGCCUAAGAGCUC